AUGAGGAGAGCUGUGCUGAAGGAAGCAGCCAAACGCUUCCCCUGGUUGGCCAACGUGACUCUGUACGGCUGCCUGUUCGCCGGCGGUGACCUUGUGCAUCAGCUCAUGGCUCAGAAGGAGCGCAUGGACUGGAGGCACACUCGUAACGUCGCCAUUGUGGCAAUCAGUUUCCAUGGCAACUUUAAUUACUUCUGGCUGAGGGCUCUGGAGAGGCGUUUCCCCGGGAAGUCUGCAGGGAUGGUUUUUAGAAAACUUCUGCUGGACCAGAGCUUCGCCUCGCCUUUGGCCACCAGUGUCUUCUACACAGGGAUGAGCUUCCUGGAGGGGAAGGAGGACGUGUUAGAGGACUGGAGGGAGAAGUUCUUCAACACCUGGAAGACUGGACUCAUGUACUGGCCGUUCAUGCAGUUUCUGAACUUUGUCCUGAUGCCGCUCUACAUGCGGACGGCCUUCAUGGGCUGCUGCGCCUUCCUCUGGGCCACCUUCCUCUGCUUCUCUCGGCAGGAUGGCGACGGCACUGCCGGCGUGGCUCUGGCCUUCGUCAUGGACCCUCGUAAGACCCUGGAGGAGAUGCGUGCCGCCCGCUUAGCCCGUAAAAGGCAGAGGCAGAGCCUAAAGGAAAAAUAG